GGGGGCGCAGGGCACCAGCCUUGCUUAGGCCCUUCACCAUGUUCCUCCUGCUCCCCUUUGACAGCCUGGUCGUUAAUCUCUUGGGGAUUUCCAUAACUGUCCUCUUCACUCUGCUUCUGGUUUUCAUCAUUGUGCCAGCAAUUUUUGGAGUCUCCUUUGGCAUCCGCAAGGUUUACAUGAAAACAUUAUUAAAGAUUUUUCAGUGGGCAACACUGAGAAUAGAGCGUGGUGCCAAGGAGAAGAACCACCCGUUAUACAAGCCCUAUGUCAAUGGUAUCAUUGCGAAAGAGCCAACAUCUCUGGAAGAGGAGAUCAAGGAGAUCCGCCGGAGUGGCAGUGGCAAAGCCCUGGACACCCCUGAGUUUGAGCUCUCAGAUAUCUUCUAUUUCUGCCGCAAAGGCAUCGAGACCAUCAUGGAUGAUGAAGUGACCAAGAGGUUUUCAGCUGAAGAGCUGGAGUCCUGGAAUCUGCUCAGCAGGACCAACUACAACUUCCAUUACAUCAGCCUGCGCCUCACUGUUCUCUGGGGACUGGGUGUUCUCAUCCGCUACUGCUUCCUGCUGCCCCUCAGGAUAGCCCUGGCGUUUACUGGCAUCAGUUUGUUGGUGACUGGCACUACAGUCGUGGGAUAUUUGCCAAAUGGAAGGUGUAAAGAGUUCCUCAGCAAGCACGUUCACCUGAUGUGCUACCGGAUCUGCGUGCGUGCCCUCACAGCCAUCAUCACCUACCACGACCGAGAAAACAGACCCCGAAACGGAGGCAUCUGCGUGGCCAAUCACACAUCCCCCAUUGACGUGAUCAUCCUUGCCAGCGAUGGCUACUAUGCAAUGGUGGGUCAAAUCCACGGCGGGCUGAUGGGUGUGAUACAGAGAGCCAUGGUGAAGGCUUGCCCCCACGUCUGGUUUGAACGCUCAGAGGUCAAAGACCGUCACCUCGUCGCCAAAAGGCUUACAGAGCACGUCCAGGACAAGAGCAAACUGCCUAUUCUUAUCUUUCCAGAAGGAACCUGCAUCAACAACACGUCUGUGAUGAUGUUCAAAAAGGGGAGCUUUGAAAUUGGGGCCACGGUUUACCCUGUAGCCAUCAAGUACGAUCCACAGUUUGGAGAUGCCUUUUGGAACAGCAGCAAAUACGGCAUGGUAACCUACCUCCUCAGGAUGAUGACCAGCUGGGCCAUUGUCUGCAGUGUCUGGUACUUGCCCCCGAUGACCAGGCAGCCUGAAGAGGACGCUGUCCAGUUUGCCAAUCGAGUGAAGUCAGCCAUUGCCAGGCAGGGAGGCCUUGUGGAUCUGCUCUGGGAUGGAGGUCUGAAGAGGGAGAAGGUGAAAGAUACGUUCAAGGAGGAGCAACAGAAACUCUACAGCAAAAUGAUUGUAGGCAACCAUGAAGACCGGAGCCGCUCCUGAGCCCUCUGCCUCCAGCACUGAUACUGGGCCCGGUCAGAGCCCUCUGCCUCCAGCACGAGCCAGGGCUUGUCUGAAGCAGCUCUCUGUGUUUGGACUUUGGCUGCUCCAGAGCUGCUUGGACUUGCUUGUUAAUUCUCUGGCUUUUUCCCGGGGGCACUGUUAUUGCCCAGAGUCUUCUCGCCCUGGGCAGCUCUUGGCAAAGAUGCCUUCUUGUUACUGUUACAGUGAAGCCCCUUGCAGGGGCAAUAUUAAAUGAAACACUUCUGGUGUCA